CAUGGUAUCAGUGACAAGGACACUCUCUGUAAAAGCUUACAGUUCAAGAAAUAUCUAGUCUGCGUACGGUAGCCUACUCCUCUCCAGUUCGCUGUCCGGUCCCGAUCUCCUGCUUUUAACGUGGGCGCGCAUCCAAAGGGACUAAAGUGCGCGCUCUACAUCGCGGUCCUUGUGUGAGCACGGAGAGGGCGUAGGGGUGUGCAACGUUAAGUUUAAGAAAGAAAAAGAGGAGAAGGAAAAAAGAAAGACCGAAAAGAACGAACGAUGGAUUUUCUAAUAGGAAGCCCAUUCGCUACCCCGGUUGGACAACGAAUAGAACGUGCCACAAGCUCCUCCCUCCAAUCAGAGGACUGGGGUCUCAACAUGGAGAUCUGUGACAUCAUCAAUGAGACAGAAGAGGGGCCAAAAGAUGCAGCCAGAGCCAUAAAGAAAAGGAUCGCAGGAAACAAGAACUUCAGAGAGGUCAUGCUGGCUCUGACGGUUCUGGAGACGUGUGUAAAGAACUGUGGCCACAGGUUCCACGUUCUGGUGUCGACCCGCGGGUUCGUGGAGGGAGUUCUGGUCCGAGCCAUCAUGCCCAAAAACAACCCGCCCAUGGUGCUCCAGGACAGGGUUCUGAGUCUGAUACAGGCAUGGGCUGAUGCAUUCCGUAGCUCUCCGUCGCUAACAGGGGUGGUGUCUGUGUACGAGAACCUGAGGAAGAGGGGCCUGGUGUUUCCCACGGCAACAGAUACGGUCUCCCCCAUUCACACGCCACACAAGGUGGAGGACGUCAGAUCAGCCGUCGCCGUCUCCGCCUCGCCCCAACACCCUGCGGCCGCGCCCAACCACGGGGGUGUGCUCACCACCUCUCCUGAUCGGGUGACCGUGGGGAAGCUGCGGUCUGACCUGGACGUGGUUCGGGGGAACAUGACUGUAAUGUCAGAGAUGAUGAACGAAUUGGAACCGGGUCAGGCCCAGCAGUCUGACAUUGAGCUUCUGCAGCAGCUGUACACAGUCUGUAAGUGCAUGCAGGACAGGGUGGUGGAGCUUAUCCCCAGGCUCAGUGAGGAGGGUUUGAUAGAGGAGCUGCUGGUCAUCAACGACGAGUUCAACACUAUCUUCACCCGCUACCACAGUUUUGAGGAGCACUGCGGUGGACAGGACCCUCCUGAACAGUCCCAGGCUGCAGCCCCUACCUGCGUUAACCUGAUCGACCUAUCCCCCGACACCCCUACUGUCAGUCAGCCUGUCCUCCCUGCUGAACCCGCCCAGCAGCCCCUCAGCCAAUCACCUGUUAACACUCUGUCCAAUCAGAUGGCUGACCUCAGCACGGGGGAAGAUGACGAGUUUGACAUGUUUGCUCUGUCGAGGAGCAGAGUGAUGGCCCAACAGGGAAAUGGUGUGCCGUGUGUAGAGCAGAGCUCAGAGCCAGAUCAGUCUGUGGCUGUGGAUGACAAACAGAACUCUGCAGAGGACGAAAGCCCAGACUCCACCCCCCUCGGCACCUCGCCUCACUCUGAUUGGAUGAUAGCAAAGGGAAUGAUCCCUGUCAGUCAAGCCAACGUGAUGGAUGACAUUGAGAAGUGGCUUUCUAUCGAUGUGGAGGAUGAUCCGAACGAUGGCGUGACCAGUGAGGAGUUUGACAAGUUUCUGGAGCUGAGAGCACAGGCGGCAGAACGCCUACCCUCGAUCAGUGCUGCUUCCCCUUCCACAGCCAGCCCCCAGGCCCAGUCCGCCCGGCAACAGAGCCAGUCACCUGACCAGAUGUCUGCUUUCUGAAAGGGUGGUGGCGAAAAAAGGAAUCCGUGAUUGGCUGACUAACAUUCUGAAAAUUUUCAUCAAUUGAAUGUAUGAUGCACACACACACGUGGAGUGAAACCCUUAUAUUACAUAGCACAUACAUUAAUGUGCCCUGAUAGAGCUUGGUGGGGAGGGUCACAUGACUGGGGGAGGAGCCACAUGCUUGAGGAUGCUGAUCCUAAUUGGGGGAGACUCAUUUACUUGAGGUGAGAGGGCGGAAACUGAGUGUGGCAUCAUGAAGAGGGUGGAGCUUUCAUCGUGUCAUUGGUGGAUAAGUUAUUAGUGAGUAACUAUUGGUUUAAUUGUUUCGGCCAUUGACAGGCUUGUAACCCCAUCCAUUAUUGGGCUCAUGAAGUCACACUCCCACUGCUGCUUGCUAAAAAAUAAUUACUCUCAGCAUGUUUUGGGCUGUGCUGCAUUGGUUGCUAGUCUAAAUAAGAAUCUCAUCAAGGCAUCAUUGGCUAGUUUUGUACGCAUAAUUUCACCUUCCACCAUCUUUCCUCACUUUUGUGCCCUCCACCCCAAAAUGGCAAUUAAUUAUAAUUAUAAUAACCAUAAUUAUGACUGUUCGGAUUAAGGUGCGCGAGUGAUUUCCUGUCUCGUCCUUAUAAUGAGAAUGAGUGAAUAAGUAAAUGUUAACUCGUGUCUGUCUCUUGGAUAUAAUAAAUGUUAUUUAAUUUUAAGUGUGUACAUACAUCUCUCAGGGAAGUACUGACUCUUGAUUAGUCCUUAAUUCCAAAUUUAAUUGGACAUGGAGCUGCGGUGAGGCCUAUUGCGUUAAGUGAUCAUUCUAGUGUCGAAUCCAGACUACACCAGUAAUUGCCGCUAGUCGCCCAGGGAGGAGCCGGUCCAGAGUCAGCCAGUAUGACAGUGUCUCAUCACACACUACUGCCCCUACUGGCUAAUCGGGUGCCUGCAGGCUACCUGUGGAGAUGCACGUGUCUUCCCCUGACUCAUGUCUGUGGGAGGCUGACUUUUCAGUGAUGAUAUGAAAAGAAUCAGCAGCUGACCAUGCAUGCUUCAGAGGACGGAAGAUACUUGUCUACGCUCUCCCAAAUCUAUAACAAAAGCUGCAGCAGUGAGUGCUGAUGAACAUGAUUGGCAGUUCUAAAACUGAAGAGAAAAAAGGGAAAAUGCCUUACAAAUGCAGCUCAGGUUGAAAGCCCCCACUACAAGUGUAUCUGGUCUUCAAACAGAAAUUUACCAAUUGUUAUUUUUUUGGGAGGGCUCUUAUAAGACAUUGUUCCCUACAGAGAGUGAUACUACUGGUCCAUGUGGUACUGGAAUAUUAUAAGUGCUGUUUAGCCUAGGUUUACUCUCUGUAGGGCACUGUGUGUCCUCAUUUCAGGCCCAGAUUGGCCCAGUGAUUUCAUUUGAUGCUGUUUGGACUACUGCGGGAGUACUGAUAUGAAGGCUUUUCCAGGUCGUCAUUUAAUGCAAAGCCUGAUUAGCUCUGAUUAACUGAGCUCAGUCGGAACUAACACCAGUGCGUACGGCUAUCCACCAGCACCAGGAUUGGGAAAGGCACACACAGUCGUUUUCUCAGCUGUUGUUCCAUGCAUAACCACAGGAGGGCAGAGAUGGACUGAAAUGGCUCCUUCGCAUUAAAGGCACAGUUCACUUGCUUGAAUUUGUAUUUCAGUUUUAAUGUAUUUUUGAUUGCCCAAGACAGUUUUUGUGUGGUGUGAAUGAUAGUUUAGAUACGUACAGAAGUAAGUAUCUGAAAUACCAUUUUUCUUGUUUUGAACCUCAAACCAGUCAAUGUGAUGCAAGCCAUUUUGAAGCCAACAGGUCAAGAGAAACUUCUGUAAGUAUCUAUCCUUUCUUUCACACAAAACCUGUCUGGCCCUGUAAAAACACACUAAAACUGAAGUAAUAUUUCAAAAUUCUAGAAAGUGAAUUGUCUCUUUAAAGCAAUGAUACGGUAUUCCAUUUUGUAGGAGAAUUGUUAGCAAUUAGCUUAUAUAUUUAUGUGUAUAUGUAUUUCAUGUGCAUUUUGUUAAAAUUAGAGAAAGCUGAGCAGCAGGGAAUGUAGAUAUUGCCAUCUUUCUGUUUUAAUGUGAGGGGCAUCCUUUUUAUUAUGGGUUGUCAUUACUGCUGUGGUGAAAUAUAAACCAUUUAAAUGUUA